GAAAGUAAAAGACAUAUUAAUAUAAAUGUAUAAAACAAUUUCUCUAUUUUAAGAAAUAAUAUUCGCCUACUUGAAGAUCAAUAAAAGUUCAAAAUGGAAAAGGAUCAUAUGGACAAUCAUCAGAAGGAGGUGAUGCAUGAGAAAAAAGAUGAAACUUUGUAUGAUUCCACAUUGUUACCUUUCAUGUUACCUGUUUACUACAAACGUUUAUUUCCACAUAAACCAUUCUAUCGUUGGCUCUCGUACAGUCUAUUUGAAGAGAAGAUAUUUACCAACCGGGAAAUCUCCUUCACUCUGCACGAUGACAUUUAUAUACGUUUCUUGUGCUUUGAAACGCAAAUUGAGCUCGAGAAGGAAAUUUGUUCCAAGAACCCUUACAAAAUUGAUAUAGGUGCUGUUAUGAGCACAAGACCCAAAAAUCGAAUAACUGCUGCUACUAUGACACCGGUACAAAGAGAACUGGUCUUUGAUAUUGAUAUGACAGACUACGAUGACGUACGCACUUGUUGUGGCGGCACGAAUGUGUGCCAGAAAUGUUGGAAAUUUAUGGUAAUUGCUUGUCGUAUUCUGGAUGUGGGAUUACGUGACGACUUUAAUUAUGAACAUAUUUUGUGGGUAUUUUCUGGACGCCGCGGCAUUCAUUGUUGGGUUUGUGAUUAUCAAGCACGCCAUCUGGAUACCGCGGCGCGAAGUGCGGUUGCUGAAUACUUUCAGCUAGUUUCCCAUAUUAUGACAGAUGGCAUAAUGGUUCCCCGUGCCAAUAUAGGUGACAAAAUGGCUCGCAGCGUGAAGAGAGCUUUUAAGAUUAUAGAACCUCUAUUUGAAGAAAUCAUACUCCAUGAUCAGGAUAUUUUUCUUGGACGUAAAGGUAUAACUAAGUUGUGCCUCUUCAUAAGCGAUGAAAAUGCGCGUAAAGAAAGUGAACAGUUUUUGUUGAACAAUUUGAAAGAGGGUCAUCAUUCCGUUGAUGUGUGGGACAAUUUUAAGCGUUAUGCAAAAUCGAUGCGCUGCAAUUCGAGCAGUAGUGUGUGGUCGCGGCGUCUUAAAAAUAUUGUUGAGGAAAUCCAAUUUGCCUGUUUGUACCCGAGAUUAGAUAUAAAUGUAACGAAAGGCUUUAACCAUCUCCUAAAGUCCCCCUUUUGUAUUCAUCCGUCAAGUGGAAGAGUAUCAAUACCUUUCAAUCCGAGUGCUGUGGCUAAAUUGAAUCCGUCCACAGUACCAACGAUAACGCAACUACUUCGUGAGAUCAAUGUUUUUGAUGAGAAGUCAAAACAGUACGACGAACAAGAUGAAAAGGAUCAUAUCAAAGACUAUAAAAAAACCGGUAUGUUUAAGGGAGUUCUCGUAUUCGAAGAAUUUUUGCGCAAAUUGGAAAGUAGUUUAAGAGCUAAAUUUAUUGAACAGAAUGAACGAAAAUUGGAAUUUUAAAUAAUCUUUUACUUGUUUAAGUUGAUUUUGAUUUUGUUCCAUUAAUUAAUACAGUUUCCAAAAUGAAAAGAUAGCCUUUUUAAUAUUUUAGAGCAGAGCUGAACAAUAUUUUGGCGCUACCCUUGCUAACAGGUCGCAAUUUUUGAGAUAAAUUUGGUAAAGUGACGUGUUUUGGCCCAAGGAGGAACGCUAUUGGAAAUGGUUCGGAUCGAUCCACUUUUUCGACGACAUCGUCCAUAUAACGUCCUAUUCUGAAAAUCCGUUAUAUGGAAAAAAAUUACAAUUUACAAAAGUUCUCGGCAAAAUUGACUAAGUAGUAG